ACUUUUUCCUCUCUUUUUUUUGCUCUCACGUCGCUCUCUCUCUUGCUCUCGCUUCUAUUCGAGAUUCACCUGUAAAACCGUAACCAGCGCCAUAGCAUUGCGAGGUUCCUAGGUGAGAGAGAGUGAACAGGAGGAUCGUCUCUCGAUUUUCCGGUUAAUCGUUGUUUUUCUUCGAGAAGAAUCUAAGGAGGAAAAUUAGGCUAAUGGCGAUGUUAGGGGCACAGCAAGUUCCAACAGCAACUUGUACUCCAGAUAUCGUUGGGAAUGCAUUUGUGCAUCAGUAUUAUCACAUAUUGCAUCAAUCUCCUGAGCAUGUUCACAGAUUUUACCAAGAGAUUAGCAAGUUAGGCCGGCCUGAAGAGAAUGGUAUAAUGAGCAUCACUUCUACCUUGCAAGCUAUUGACAGGAAGAUAAUGGAACUUGGUGAUGGUGUAAUCGGCGCGGAGAUAGCAACUGUGGACACACAAGAAUCUUAUGGCGGUGGUUUUCUCGUACUGGUGACUGGGUAUUUGACGGGGAAAGAUGGUGUGAGGAGGACGUUUACUCAGACUUUCUUCCUUGCUCCACAGGAGACAGGAUACUUUGUCUUGAAUGAUAUGUUCCGAUACAUUGAUGAAGCCACAAUCGUACAUGGAAGUCAGGUUCCGGCAAAUAACAUUCAAGCUCCUGUCAACAUUCACCAGGAUCCAGCUGCUGCUCAAGACAUUCCAGAUGACCUUGCCCAGGAGAAAUAUGCUCAAGAGAAUCAUGCUGUUGAGCAAUCUGAUGUGUUGUCCAAGAGUAUUAAUGGGUCUGAAGUGUUCAUUCCCUCUGAAGUUGAACAAGUACCAGCUACUGAAGAACCUGUGGCGCCUGAAAUAGUUCAUGAAGCUCCAAUUGAUGCGCAGAAGGUUGGAGAAAGUGAUUCUCGGACUGGCGAAGUUCAAAAGAGAUCUUAUGCAUCCAUUGUGAGGGUUUCGAAAGAGAAUGCUGCUCCAAGGUCUCCUUCGAAAACCCCAACGAAGGUGGUGGAACCAAAGAGACAAGAAGAGCAAGCCAUUCAUGUCCCUCUACCAACACCAUUGUCUGAGAAAACAGAUUCAGGAGCAAAUGUAGCUGCAAAUGGGAACGAUCAAGAUAAUGAAAGAGCUUUAGGUCCAUCCAUCUAUCUAAAGGGCUUGCCCCUUGAUGCAACACCAACCUUGCUUGAGAAUGAGUUUCAGAAGUUUGGACUCAUUAAGACCAACGGAAUCCAAGUAAGAAGCCAGAAGGGAUUCUGUUUUGGUUUCAUUGAGUUUGAAUCCGCAAGUUCCAUGCAAAGCGCAAUCGAGGCAUCACCAAUCAUACUCAAUGGGCAGAAAGUAGUUGUGGAGGAAAAACGAUCUACCUCAAGAGGGAACUAUAGAGGACGUCCAGCGUUUGGUGUAGGCACAGGCUACAGAAACGAAGGUGGAAGAGGUCGUGGGAGCUUUGGAGGUGGAAGAGGAGGAGGCGGCUAUGGUCGGACCGACUUCAACGGAUAUGGUAAUAACAGGGGAAACAAUAGAGGAGGAGGAUACGCAAACCGAGCAGCAAAUGGUGACGGUGGUGGUGGGUUCUCGAGGGCCAAUGGUAACAAUGGACGUGUAAGACGUGGUGGUGGUGGAAUUGAUGCUAAUGGAGGUACUAAACCUGUGGAUGCUCCUCGUGUCUCUGUCACUGCGUAAAUGUUGCCUUUCAAGCUAUAAUUUGGCUUCGAAUUGUUUUCUAGAGAGGGUUUAGGCUUUUAGAGCUCUGACUGAAAAGAACAAGUAUUAUUCUAUUUUCCCUGUCUCGCCAUUUGUUAAAUUUAAGAGCCAGAGGGAGUUUCGUUAGUUCUUUGCUUAUCUAUUUUUUUGAGUUCUGACAA